UAGUUGGUAAAGCUCCCGACAUAAAAAGUUUUAGAGCUCAUUCAUCAAUUUUAUAUUAUCGUUCACCUUAUUUUCGAAGAGAAUUGUCCAGUCCAAGUUUUGAUAGUGUAUCAAAAAAGUUCAAAUUCAAUAUUCCUGUUGAAAUUUUUGAAACUUUACUAAUUGGAACUAUAAUGUUAGAUGACAAAAAUGGAUCUGAAAUUUUUCGAGUUUUAUUAGCCACCGAAAAGCUUGGUCUUUAUGAGAUAAUAACUCAUAUUCAACAAUUCUUACUAGAACAUCAUGUUGACUGGUUAAAACGUCAUAUAGAGACCAUAAAUCGUGCUAGUUUUAAAAAUGAUCAUUUUCAAGUUCUUCAACAAUUUUGUACUGUAAAUGAUCCUGGAAAAGUUUUGAGUGCUAUUAAUUUCGAUUCAAUUUCGGAAAAUGCUUUGAUAUCUUUACUUAAAAGAGAUCAUUUUGGAAUGGAUGAAGUUCAAAUGUGGGAUCAU